AAAUGUAAGCAUAUGCAUUGUAUAUAAUAUCCACAAACUUGGCCCUACCACCUUCUUCUUUCUUCGAUAAUACCCUUUAAAUAUCCAACUCAAUAAACUUCAAUGCAAUUCUUCAAACUCUUUGACAUCGAUCUCUGCGUGAUUUCUUGUUAAUUCUGAGUUUACCAUGUUGGUUGUUGAGUUUAAGGAGCAGCUUUUUUUUGAUAAAGCUCUUCGGUUCCUCGCCGAAGCUUUGAAGACUAUCGCCUUGGCUUUGCUCCUAUCUCUUCUCGCUCUGGUUGGUGCGUGUGUGGGGACUGUGAUCGGAGCUUUCAAAGGCCAUGGCGCGGCGAUAGGCGCUAUUGCCGGUGCGGCCGUAGCCCUUCAGAUAGUGAGCUGCACUGCAUCUGGGCAAAGAUAUUAUUGUUUAUCAAGGGAAGCAAUAAUGGAGAGCCUGAUGGAUGGGAAGGGGUUGAUGAACUGGGCAAGCAACUUCUCCGAGUAUAUGCAUCGAGAGAUAUCAGAGUUUGUCGAUGUGGCUGGAGAAAGUUGUGCUGAAGGGUUGUCAAUGGAGAGUGUUCAAAUGUUGCCUGUUUGUGAAUAUGAUCACAGCACCAUCAACUCCAUUUCUUGUUCCAUUUGCUUAGAGGAAUUUGAAGAUGGAGAAAUUGGUAGGAUACUUCCAAAUUGUGAUCAUUUCUUUCAUGUGGGUUGCAUAGACCAAUGGCUACACUUGCAUGGAUCUUGCCCAAUUUGUAGGAAAUUUUGUAUUUAAACCAUACCUCAUUAUUUUGUAAAAUGAAUUUUGUUUUUUUUUUCUCUCCUUAUUAUAUAUAUAUAUAUGGGUAAUUAUAAUGGAUAGCAAUUUUUAGAAUAAUUAUUAAGUAUGUAGCAAUAUUUUAAAAAAUUUGCAAAUAUAGCAAAAUCUAUCAAUGAUAGGCUUCUAUCGUUGAUAGAUUCUUAUGGUUUAUCAGUGAUAGACCAACAUUUGCUACAUGUUCUAUCAGUGAUAGACUCCUAUCAUUGAUAGAUUUUGACAGUUUUUGCUAUAUUUGCAAUUUUUUUAAAAUGUUGUUAUGUACUUAAUUAUUUAGAAUAUAAUUGCUACAUUUGCAACUAUCCCUAUAUAUAUAUAUAUAUAUAUAUACACAUAUUUAUUUCAAUAAAAACAAAGAGAAGAUAUAUAAACAUAAUGCCAUUCAUCAUCAUAUUCUUCAAA